CUGAUUAGGGUGUUUUUUCCUGGUGUUUGCAUUCAGCCUUUCACAAGUAAUAGUUUCAGGAGGACCACGCAUACGAGAGUAGUUCAAGUGGCUGUGUCACCCAGCCAUGAUCAGAGCUGCGGAAUUGCCCCGACACUGAAGCAAGCUGCGUGGUCGGGGUUUUGGGAAGAGGGCACGGUAGAGACGAUCGCGAAGUCGACUUUCAAGCCAAGCCAAGCGGGGGACAACGCACAGGAAAAAAAACAGCAACUGUGUCAGGCAACCAUUUAGCGGCAUGUGCAAGAUGAGAUCUACCCGGAGCUGAACAUUACCAAAUACAACAGUGUUCCCUGAAAGCUGGCGUAAGAACCGUCGUACUAGCAGCUAGUAUGGAUAAUGAAUCCAAAACAUCUCAGAAUCCACCAGUUAGUCCAACAGUAGGCGCAACCUGGCAAGCAGAGUCGCCGCUAGUGCAAUCAAUUGAGGUGUGCUUCAUAGAUUCAGGAGAUGUGCGGCCGAUGCAACCGAAGGACACUAUGAUCCUGGAAGACACAGUGGGGACAGGCGUCGUGCGUGGAGAGUUGCAGUACAUGGGCGACGAGGGAAUUGGUAUCAAGCCCCUGAGUAAUGGCUGCUUGGUCAAUGGAUCACUGCUACCCAUAGCCGAAGGCGAUGCAGACAAGACGUACCCGGUUGCGCCAGGCGCAGUAAUAGUUGUGGGUGCCAAGCGCUUCCAAGUUCGCUUCAAGAGAAGUAAAGCUGGUCAGCGACGACUACCAGCAACACCUGGACUGCAGACCAAGUCUACGCUGCCUCGCAAGCGGACACGGCGACAUCAGAAGGCCGUCAACAUGGUACAGCAGCCGGACCAAGCUCAACCCACACAGGACCCAGCGCAGCCGCCAACGGAACAAGCCGUUUCUCGCAAAGAGACAAAACGGCCACAAUCACGGGACAGUGUUGAUAGUGCCCGCGCGCAAGAACCUGCUCUAAAUGCUGCAUCUUCUUCAAGCCCUAGCAAACCGAGCACACCAGCAUCAAUAUUCAGCAAGGACAGUGUUGCAAGUACAACUCAAUCAUCAGCCGGAAGCAAGAGAAAAGACAGCAAUGCAUCACUUGGAGCCUGGAUCACCGACAUGUUCUCCGUCAUGAUCUGGGAUCCAACAGCGGAGGCCGAGGAUGAGAAAAGCGAGGAGUCCAAUUUAACCGAGGCUGCAGAUCAAGUGGCGGAAAUUCUGACUCACCAGCUGAUCGUCUCGAAUCCUGCAACUGCAUCAGGACUUAUCGAUAGAGUCUUCCGAGCACUGGAGGAUGCAGUGGUUUCUCAUGAAACAGCAGUGAUGGCAUUUCUCCAGGGUUGGAAGGCGGGCGAAGACUCCGCUGAGAACAUGAACGCAUUGCUGGCGCUAAUAGAAAGUUUGAUGAGUACUAGCAUGGAAGACGUCGACACCUGGCUCGGAGCUCUCUUGCUGUUGCAGUCACGCUUCCUUGAAGUACCCGGUGUUGCAGUUCCCAAGAGCCUCGUCGGAAUGACGGUUGGUUUCUUGGUGACUGCUGAGAGUGCCUCGAUUCUCAAGUUGGCCUGCAAGCUUAUCCAUGAGUGGAGUCUCCAGGACGUGCAUAUACCAAAUGGAACUGGAGACAUCCUGUGUGUUGUGCUGAGGACCAAUGAUUCUAAUCCUGACGUGGCAACCAUCGUGUGUGAACUGCUAGUGUCGUUGGUCUCGCUGCAUCCUGAGCUGGAGGCGUCGCGUGAGAGCAUGCAGCGGCAAACAGCGCCAAUCCUGAUGGCGCUGAUGAAGGCAUACCCGCAGCACGGCGAGCUGCACAAGUGGGCCAAGCUAUGGCUGACAAAGAAGCAAGAAAAGAAGAAGAAAGCCAAGGUGCCGGAAUCGGCAUCAGCUGGAAACCUCACGGCCAUGCAGGGCAGUGGGACUGGUACACCUGCGGAACAACCCUCCGGUGCGAUAUCACCAUCAGCGUCAAUGCCCAAUAUGGCCGAGCAUCCCGUGACAGGGAGAGGACGAGCAGCGCAGCUGAAUGCGCAGCCAUCGAAACCUCGCCGCAGCUUACCAACCGUGCCCAGUAAGAAACCAGCGAGCGAAGACAGCACUGCUGCGAAGGAAGUAGCCAUUCCUUUCCAAGCGCAAGCUGCGGAGACUAACUCACCCAGGAUGACAUCAGACAAAGCAGAGCACCUUGAUGAGCAAGCAACACAGAAAAGCAGCUCAGACAAGCGAGCGAUGCCUGAACCCAUCAGGACCGACACGGCACCUCAGACUCUUCCAAAGCAUCUGAAGGAAUCUGGGCCAAGCAGCACCCAAGAACCGGUUCCUCAAAUCGCCACCACCAUGCCGGGGCCUGGGACUGCACACGUGCAUGAGACCAAGUGUGCUGAGCAGCCACAGGAUUCACAGCACCAGCAUCAAGAUGUGGGGACACUUGAGGACGAAGCGGCUCAAGCUACAUCCACGAACUCGCCCACUUGUACUUCUAAGCGGGGGAGCGAGGAUUCUGUGCCAAACGAGAACGAUACACAGCUCAAUACUGGGUCCACAGCGGUAGAGUCGACUUCAAUUGCGGCAGAUGGGCAAGUCACUGUGGAGAACACCACGGCUGAAGCAGGUGACGAAAGUCUCAUACCUGAAUCUGCAGAGGUAGAACCAACUUCAACAGUGGCGGGUGAUGAAGAAGCAGUGGAGAACACCUCAGCUAAACCGGAGCACAAGCCAAAAGCCGGUGGAAGUCAUGAACUGGAGCUAGAACGUCCACCGAAGUACACUGUGCUCGUUGAGGACGAACCACUGCAAGCACAUGUAGAAGAAACGGAAAAGAAAGCAGAAGAAAAAGAAGAAACAGCAGAUCCAGAGCCCUCGGCAGCUCAAAACCAACCAACGCCAACCAAUGAAGGUAUGUUGACGCCUGGCUCACGCCGUCGAAACCAAUGGGCAAGUGUCAGCCCCUCACCAGCCGGUACACCGCUGUCACCGCGGUCACCUCUUGCUCCUCUGUCGUUCAAAACACACCAGCUUGAAGAGGAGGAGGCUGGCUUACAAGAAGUUGAAGCUGAGCAUGAGGACGUGGCUAACUGCCUUUCUCGUCGCACAAUGGGUGUGCGACUCGCCAAGCAGAGGUGGGACACUGGUGAAAUGAUGAUGGCCGUGCGCACUGCCUUUCAGCUUCACGCUGACGCAGAUGUGGCCGGCUACCUGGACGUCUUGAGCAUGCUGCUCAAACAAAUAUAUCGCUGGCCCCACGAGGUGAUAGUCGAAGCCAUGACCUCACUGGGAGCAUUGAAUCUGACAACACUGAGCCCCAAACAUGUUGAAUUGGCAUGUAGCUUGAUGACAGUGCUGUCCGAGAGGCUACUUGUUCCAGCUGAUAAAGAUGCUACUGACUCUGCAGAGGACGAGUUCCUGUCCUGUCUAUCGUCCGCAUUGGGCACCACCGAGGAUUUCUUCUCCCGGCACACUGACACGCCUGAUGAGCAGUCGGAGUGGAGGAAAGCAUGGUUGUCAGUACACGCACUCAAUCAGCGACUCAACCUCGGCACGCUGUAACUACUUUGAAGUAUCAGAUGGCAUACUCUCCUCGGGCAUAGAGAUCAGCAAUGUUGUGAACAGCGACCUUGACAAGCUCUUGCUGUCAUUCAACGUAGAUGGACUGCAGAGUGAUAAGGAGUGAGAAUAAAUGACAAGGUUUUGUUUGCAAUAAAUAGAAAAGGUUUUGUUUGCAAUUAGAAAAGGUUUUGUUUGCAAUUAGAAAAGGUUUUGUUUGCAAUUAGAAAAAGGUUUUGUUUGCAAUUAGAAAAGGGUUUGUUCACCAGUUUAACGGUGUGAACCAAAACUCUGAUGACAAAAAGUUCAGGCACAUGAGUAGUUGCAGAAUUGUUCAAACAAGACAGAACUGUCAGUAGGUGAUGUUGCUGCCCGCAGCUUGCACAUGUAGUGUACUUGUAGAUCAUGAAACAAACCUAGGUAUUUGUACUCCAUGAAUAAAUAUGUGUCUAUUGUUGAUGGAAAUCCUUUCUAUUCCUUUGAAUUGCACCCCACCCUGGAGUAGUGAUUGUGGUGCAGACUGAUUUUGAAUUGCUUUGAAUUAUCUAUUUUUAACAUGACAUCAUAAUAUAUCCAGGAGGACAUCGAUACUGCCUGGUGCAACGCAACCUCGUUUAGACAGGCGCUCACUUUUCCCGAAUUGACUCCCGGCCAGCAAAAUUAUUUUUGAUUAAUCCAAGCUAGCUCUUUUUUUAUGUACAUGGAACCAUACAUUAAAGUUGUGAAGUAUGAUGCAAUUAUGAAUUGAAGAUGCAAUAGUAGAGAUCCUGUACAUUUUUACUUCAUUGUCUUUUCUAUGAGUAGAUUAUUUUGGUAUCUGGCCGUUUUCCAUGGUUGCAGUAUUGGUACUAUUAAGUAGUCUAUUUCUUCAUGCCAUAUACAUAAAGGGAUGCUUGGUGUGAAGUUGCUAGCUUUGUAGGACUGAUGCCAAAUAAUAUGAGUAGCAGGCUGCUCUUUUUUUUCUUCUCAGAGUCGCAUUCACUUUUCUUUGUUAUUAGCAAUUUGAGCAGAAAAUGGCAACCUGCGACUUCGGGUUUUCGGGUACUGUUCUGUACCCGUCUACCCGAGGUCCUCACGGGUAGCACGGGUACCUACCCGACUACCCGUGCACACCACUAAUUUUUUCCAUGGUAAUAAUGCUCAUAAUCCCACUGGGACCAGUGGGAAAAAAGUCCCCUCUCUGAGAUCUUGCAUCCUUUGA